AUGGCGCCUGCGCUCGCCGAACCUGGUCCAUCGAGUGCAAAGCAAAAUGCUUCUGGAAAGAAUGAUGCUCUCAAUCAAGAGAGACAGGCAACUCCUGAGCAGAUGGCGGAGAUCCGGCGACUAGUCCAGGUCAUCGCACGAUUAUUUUAUGAUGAUGGAUACAUACUUCUUGUUGACCAGCUUGUUAGUAUUGCAUUAAUUCCUAUUGAAGUUCUUGCGCGUCGUAUUGGAAUGCAGACGCGUGAUUUGGCUUCACUUGCUUCAAAACUUGUUGAAGACCGCGUGAUUAGCGUUUACCGGUGUCAAGAGACACGAGACGGUCCGUUUCAGCGAUCCAUCACUCGUACUUAUUUUUAUAUUGACUACAAAUUGUUCUUGGAUGUAACUAAAUGGAGAAUGAUGGCUAUGAGAAGACAUAUUGAUACCAAGUUGCGCAACGGCUUGGAUAACAAGGGGUAUGUGUGCCCUCGGUGCGGCAAAUCGUAUUCCACAUUGGAAGUCGCGCAUUUGUUGAACCCCUUUCGCAACUUGUUUGUAUGUGAUGUUCCAGGAUGUGGCACGGAGCUUGUCGAUAAUGAAGACGCAGAAGACGUACGAAGCUCGAAAGACACGUUGACUCGCUUCAACGAACAACUGAGUGUCGUUCAAAAAAUGCUCCGCAGUGUUGAUGGUGUUGCACUACCACCAAUGGAUGCACAUGCAUGGCUUGCAAAGAACAGCGCUGCACCCCCCUGGGCUCAUGAGACGGCGCGCGACGAAAAGGCGCUGGCGCCUGGCUCUGUUCCUAAAACGACACCUAAGGCUCCUGCCGUGCGUGUUGAAAUGGCACACGAUACUGAGCGAGAGAGGCUGGAACUCGAACGUCAGCGUGCUUUGGAAGAAGAACAACAAAGAGCACAGAACACUUUGCCAUCAUGGCAUUUGGCAUCCACGGUUAGUGGUGAUCGCACCGGCCUGGGCAAUUCCGAGUCUCUGCGGCGAGGGUCUGAGGUGGACGACAUAAAAGAUGUGCCCCAAGACACUGAUAUACAAUCUGUCGAAGAUGUUGACUAUUACGCUCGCUAUGCCUCACAAGUACAAGAAUUUACAGAUGCAGAAGCUACAAGUACAAAGCGCCAGGCAGAGAAUGCACACGAUGGACAGCCAGAACAGAAGCGGGUCAAGCCUGACGAAGAAGAAGAGGAGGAGGACAUGGAGGACAUGGAGGAUGUCAUUUAA